AAUGCAUCAUAAAUUGUGUCACUGGUCAGUUUCAUACAAUUCUGUCAUUUUAAAAUAUUUCGGCAGUGUCAGUCAGUGCUAAAUGAUAAGUGCCAUCCACGAUCACUUUCGACCAAAUGGACUCCAAUAAAGCAUGGGAUCACCGGUAGCCAUCACCACUGAGGCGGACUGGCACGCAGAGCUAAAAGACAAUGGUAACAAAUUGGUUGUGGCCAAAUUUGGAGCAUCUUGGUGCGCGGCAUGCCAAAAACUACAACCGAUAUUAGACCAAGCAGUGAAAACACAUCCUGAUGUAAGAUUCUUAGAUAUAGAUGUGGACCAACUGGCUGAUUUGGCCGCUGACUUAGGUGUUUCUUCCAUUCCUACGGUGUUUUUAAUAAAAAACGGAAAGGUCAUAGAUCAGGUACUGGGCAUAAAUGAAGAAGCAUUAUCCGAGAAGAUCGAGACCCACAAAAAUGAAUAAUCAGCUAAUAAAUAAAUUCUUUUAAAUAAAAUAGUACAUACAAAAUUACUCGAUGACGACUUUCUUGCACGAGUUGAAAAAACGUAAUGAACAAUACACACAAUCAC